AUGGAUAACAUCCUCGCUCCAUUGCAAGAUGCCUUUGAAGGCCAGAUUGACUUCCACGGCCAACGUCUAGCCGAACUCCUCAGCACAGUCCUCCUCAUAAUCUCCGGCGCCCUUUCUUUCUUCAUCGGCUACAUCUACAAGGACAUCCAUCUCACGCUAUGGACCGGACUGGGCGGUACACUGUUCACGGCCUUGGUGGUCGUCCCGCCGUGGCCGUUUUAUAAUCAACAUCCGGAGACGUGGUUUGGGAGUAAGAGUAAAGGCGGGAAGAUUGGGGGUGUGGGGGUUGUUGUUGAUGGGGUGAAGGUUGCGUGA